CUAUCCUUUCUCCAAACUACCUCAUAUGAGAAAACUUCUCUAAAUUUAACCCUCACAACUCUUACGCCAUUCAAUAAAAAAUAUCAUUUUAUUCUGCUUCCCGCACCUUUCCUUGCCUUCCGUCUUCCCUUCCAUUUCUCUCAGUGCCUUCCGUCUUCACUUUCUCCCCAUUUGCUCAAAGAAAGUCUAAGAGGACCUUUUGAAAAUCUGGAUAUGGACAGCAUAGAUACGAACGUUCGUCGGUGGUCUCCAUGUCCUCUACCGUCUGAUCCCUCCCCCUCCUCACCUUCCUCUUCCUCCUCCUCUCCUCUGCGUUCGCCUCCGAGUCAGAUCACAAGGAAAAUUUGAUGUCCAUACAGUUAAGGGGUUUGUGAAUGGCAUUGAGGGUGAACUUGAUGAGAGUGAUGAGGGGGAAGAUGAUUUAGAAACGGGGGAUGAGUUUGAUUGGGAUUCUGAUGAAUUGGAAGCUAAGUUAAUGGAGGAAGAGGAUGAGGAAAAGCUGGAUUUGGAUGGAUUUGCCCCGGCGGGGGUUGGUUAUGGUAAUAUUAACGAGGACACAUUUGAGAAGGUGAAGAAGAAUAAGGUGCCGAAAGCGGAGAAGAAGAAGAUGGCUAGGGAGGCUCAGAAAGAGAAAGAAGAGGUCACAGUGUGUGCUCGGUGUCGUUCACUGAGGAAUUAUGGGCAGGUGAAGAACCAAACGGCUGAAAACUUGAUACCAGAUUUUGAUUUUGAUAGGUUGAUCGCUACCCGGUUGAUGAAACCCACUGGGAAUGCCAGCACUAUUGUUGUGGUUAUGGUUGUUGAUUGUGUUGAUUUUGAUGGCUCUUUCCCGAAACGGGCAGCAAAAUCGUUGUUUAAGGCAUUGGAAAGAGCCAGGGAUGACCUGAAGCUUGGCAAAAGGUUACCAAAGCUUGCUCUUGUGGCUACAAAGGUGGAUCUCCUGCCAUCGCAAAUUCCACUUGCUAAGUUAGAUAGAUGGGUUUGGCAUCAUGCUAAGGCUGGAGGUGCCCCAAAGAUCAGUGGGGUUUAUUUGGUUAGUUCCCGGAAGGAUUUGGGUGUGAAGAAUCUGUUGUCCUUCGUCAAGGAAUUAGCUGGUCCUCGAGGGAAUGUGUGGGUAAUUGGGGCUCAGAAUGCUGGCAAGUCUACUCUAAUCAACGCACUUGCAAAGAAAGAAGGGGCAAAAGUUGGAUGAAGAGAGUUGGCUAAUUGUUAGUGCAAUUUUGAUGUUCAUGAAAGUAGUUAGUUAAAGUAGUUAUUCUCAAAAUUAAUAAAAAAUAAUAUAUAGUUAAAAUAGAAAAAUAUUUGGAAAGUUUGAUGUAGAAGCUACUUUAAAGUGAUGGAUAAAAUAAGAAAAGUAGAUUGUUUGGCUUAAA